AAGAGAGAGAGAGAGAGAGAAAUUGCGUGAACAUACCAAGCCAGCUCAUCUUCUUGUGCAGAGCGGAACUUUCUUUUUAGCCAUUGGAUGUGAACGAAAAUUUGAAAAUGCCUGUCAGGAGGGGGCACGUUGCCCCCCAGAACACCUACUUGGACACGAUCAUCAGGAAAUUUGAAGGACAAAACCGCAAGUUCCUUAUUGCCAAUGCUCAGAUGGAGAACUGUGCCAUCAUUUACUGCAACGAUGGUUUCUGCGAGAUGUUUGGCUACUCCCGGGUGGAGGUGAUGCAGCGCCCCUGCACUUGUGACUUCCUCACCGGGCCGGACACAACGCACAACUCCAUUGCGCAGCUGGGGCAGGCAUUGCUGGGAACCGAUGAGUGUAAGCUGGAGAUCCUCUACUACAGGAAAGACACAUCCUGUAUCCGGUGUUUGGUGGAUGUCGUCCCGGUCAAGAAUGAAGAAGGAGUUGUCAUCAUGUUCAUCUUGAACUUUGAAGACCUGGCAGCUCUCAUUGCCAAAAGUGCCAGGCAGAGCCUACACCAGCGCUUGUCCCAAGGAUGGCGAACAGGUCAAAAUACGAGCUUGAAGUUUAGUCUCCCGCCCCUACAACGUCUCACACUGCGGCGGAAAUCUCUGACUGCCACUGAGUUUGAUGGAGUAGCCAUUGACUAUGGAAAGCCUGGAGGGGACUCCUUAAAGCUGAGGGAGUUGAAGACUGUGCCCAUGGAGAACUGUGUCCAAUCUGAGACCGAAGCACUGCUGGGAAAGGAGAGGAGAUCGAGCCUGGAGACGGCAUCUGACACUGAAGUGCAACACUCCGCCCCAGCGCAAGAGCUACCUUCUCUAGGGCUUCGAGGGUCGCGCCCUGCCAGGGGUUUGGGCCGGUUCCAUCUUGGGGGCAGCUUCCAUAGCCUCCGCCAGUUCUCCUCCUUGGAGAGUUUGGAGGCUGCAAGGUCUGAGUUCCAGAGAAAAUUCAGGGAAAGGAGGGCAAACUCAGAGGCGUCCCAUGUCAAGCCCAACCAGAAUUCCACGUCAGACUCCGACCUUAUGAAAUACAGGACAAUCAGUCAGAUCCCCCAGUUCACCCUCAACUUUGUGGAGUUCAACCUAGAGAAACACCGCUCAGGCUCUACCACGGAGAUUGAAAUCAUCGCACCCCACAAGGUGACAGAGCGCACGCAGAACGUCACCGAAAAGGUCACUCAGGUCCUGUCCCUGGGAGCCGAUGUCCUCCCUGAGUACAAGCUGCAGGCACCCCGCAUCCACCGAUGGACCAUCCUGCACUACAGCCCCUUCAAGGCCGUGUGGGACUGGCUGAUCCUCCUGCUGGUCAUCUACACGGCCGUUUUCACGCCCUACUCUGCCGCCUUCCUGCUGAACGAAGAGCAGGAGGAGAAUCGCUCGGACUGCGGCUACUCAUGCGACCCGCUCUACAUCAUUGACCUCAUUGUAGACAUCAUGUUUAUCGUUGACAUCAUCAUCAACUUCCGCACCACUUAUGUCAAUAUCAACGAUGAGGUAGUAAGCCACCCAGCAAAGAUCGCCAUCCACUACUUCAAGGGCUGGUUUCUCAUCGACAUGGUGGCUGCCAUCCCCUUCGACUUGCUCAUCUUCCGCUCUGGAUCAGAUGAGACAACCACCUUGAUAGGGUUGCUGAAGACAGCGCGACUCUUGCGCCUGGUGAGAGUUGCCCGCAAGCUGGACCGCUAUUCCGAGUACGGGGCCGCUGUGCUCUUCCUGCUCAUGUGCACUUUUGCCCUCAUUGCCCACUGGCUGGCUUGCAUCUGGUACGCCAUUGGCAAUGUGGAGCGGCCCUACAUGGAGCAUAAGAUUGGGUGGCUGGACAACCUCGGCGACCAGAUCGGCAAGCGCUACAACGACAGCGACCUCUCUUCUGGCCCCUCCAUCAAGGACAAAUAUGUGACAGCCCUAUACUUCACCUUCAGUAGCCUCACCAGCGUGGGCUUUGGCAACGUCUCCCCCAACACCAACUCCGAGAAGAUCUUCUCCAUCUGUGUCAUGCUGAUUGGGUCUCUCAUGUACGCCAGCAUUUUUGGCAAUGUCUCUGCCAUCAUACAGCGCCUGUACUCGGGUACGGCUCGCUACCAUACCCAGAUGCUGAGGGUGAAGGAAUUCAUCCGCUUCCACCAAAUCCCGAACCCGCUGCGCCAGCGGCUUGAGGAGUAUUUCCAGCAUGCUUGGUCCUACACCAAUGGAAUCGACAUGAAUGCGGUGCUGAAAGGCUUCCCCGACUGCCUGCAAGCUGAUAUCUGCCUCCACCUCAACCGCACCCUGCUCCAAAACUGCAAGGCCUUCCGAGGAGCUAGCAAAGGCUGCCUGCGGGCCUUGGCCAUGAAGUUCAAGACGACCCAUGCACCACCCGGGGAUACACUGGUGCAUUACGGAGAUGUCCUCACCACUCUCUAUUUCAUCUCGCGCGGCUCCAUCGAGAUCCUCAAGGAGGACAUUGUGGUGGCCAUCCUAGGGAAGAACGACAUAUUUGGGGAACCUAUCAGCCUCUACGCCAGGCCUGGGAAAUCCAAUGCAGAUGUCCGAGCCCUCACCUACUGCGACUUGCAUAAAAUCCAGCGUGAGGACCUCCUGGAAGUCUUGGAUAUGUAUCCAGCCUUCUCAGAUAAUUUCUGGAGCAACCUGGAGAUAACUUUCAACCUGAGAGAUGCAGACAGUGUUCCUCGGUCCCCUCUCAGUGAGGAAUAUGCAUGCAACUAUCGUCGAGCACGGCGCCGUAAGCAUUCCCUCUGCAAAGCGAACAAAAUAGACUCGGAUAACUUAGAUGCAGGCAUCUCAGAUCCUGAGCAGUACCACGCGUACUCGGAGCUCACACAGUUGCAGCGCCCACACAGCAAGGACCACUGGGACGAUAUGUGCAGCACUACGACACCUUGCUCCCAGACCAGUGAAGAGGAGGCCAAGAUGCCUAGCCCCAUGAAGAACGAACCUUUCACAAACGGUGAAAAGGCCAAAUACGCCCCAGCUGUGGUGAACCUGGUCCCUGAUGCCAUCGACGUUGACAAACUGGUGACUGAUGACAGCCUGUCCUAUGCAGCAACGCCAUUGGAUGUUUCCAACCUGUUCACAUUCUGGGAAGACAAGAGGCCUAAUUCCCUUACGGAGCCUCUCCAGCACAUGUCAUUGGUUCACAGCCCUUUGGACAUGCCUCCCAACUCUGAUGACAGACCGCGGCAGAUUGACUCCAAGCUGGAGUGCCUGCAGACACAGCUCAGCAGGCUGGAGUCCAGGAUGUCUUCUGACCUGAAUCUCAUCCUCCAGCUGCUGCAGCGACAGCUGUCUCAAGUGCCACCUGCAUAUAGCACUAUCUCGCCAUCCUCCCACAAUCUGGCUCUGUAUAGCAUGAGCCUGAGGAGCACAGAACCUGAAACUCCACUAGGAGAAGAGGAACUGACUCCCACAAAGGAGACUCCGAGCGACUCAGAAAUCGAGAAGUUGCAGCUGAAAUCCAGGGACUCGUUGUCAAGUGGUGUACACCUGACUGUGGCUUCUGAUGAGACCAUGACAAUCAGCUCUGAGCAAGAGCAUUGCUCACAGACCCUGCCAAACCUGGAGCCUCACCGGAGGGCACCGGGCAACCAGGGACUUUUCCAAGGAUCCCGUUUCCCUUCCCUUCCUGAGCACCUUGAGGCACCUUCUGAGCACCUGGACAUUCAGAGACACCUCUCUGACCCUUUGCUUCCUGGGAGUUAGGAAUCCAGUUGAGCCCAAAGUCAAGUCAAGAGGAGCCUGAACUGAGAAGUUGCUUUAGCUGUUUUUAAUUGUUGCACUUGGAGGACAAUACUCAUGGCUCAAGGUGAUGAUACUUGUUGCCAUUCCCUGUCCUCUCUGAAACGAGGGCAGUUUAAUAGUGGGUUGGCUUCCAAGAUGAUUGAUUUCAGAAACGGUACUCCGUAGAGUAGACUUCAGGUGCAUAUUUCUCCCACCCCACCUGACUCCAAGAAGAAUGGCUGGUUGACUUUUCCCUCCACAUCCCCAAUCUUGGCAUCUGUUAAAUGUUGGGGUCUGCCUCUGUCAGUGUUUGAAUGGUAACUAGUAUGGCGGGACAUUGGAGCACUUCCAUAAUGUAAUAAAGUAAUAAUAGGAAAUUUUGUCUGGAGGAAGACGAGGAGACUGCUAAGAACUUAACCUUUUCUUGGGUUGUAGGAGACCAAGAAUGACUGUGUCUUUCUUUGAUACUUACAACUCGUGUCAGAAGAUUCUAGUCAUUGUGCAGGAGGACCCUGUGAAGUAAGGAGGGGAGAGUAAUACGAUGCCACAACUUUGUACAUGGGAAUAUAAUGAACCAUUUAAUGAUCUGCCCUAGUGCAUAUUGAGGGCGACUUCAUAUAUUACAUUUUUCUUGCAUGGACAUAAAUCUCUGUUGAGAGAACAAAAGAGUGUACACCUUGGCAGAUGAAGUGCAGGAUAAAAGGGGAAAAUGUGUAGCACAAUUUCAUACGGGGCUGCCAGCAAGAUUUUUGGCCUUGCCGUUUGUACUCAGGCUCGCUUCUGAAGGAUGCAGUCCCUGGCCUUCCGACAGCCCCUCUGAGCCCUGCCCCAAGUUCUACAGCCAACCCUAACAGAUUAAUAUGUAUGCUGUCUGUAGCCCUGAAUGUAUUAGUUUGCUCAGAGCUAUGUUUUGCAGAAUCUGGUGGGGCUUACUCCCAGAAAAGCAUGCAUAAAUCUGCAUCUUCAUUGUAUGAAAUGAGCUGGUAAAGUCAAGUCUAGAACCCCUAGCGCCACGCAACAAACACAUUUGGGUCUGAGUUAAUAUGGGGGGAGGAUUGUCUCAUGCGUUGCCUGCCGAUUUGUAAAGGAGGGCUGAGUGACACUAUUCUAACAAACUGGGGUGGAGGGAACCUGUUCUGAAAAUGUAUUUCCCAGACACUUGCAACAUUCCAGAUUUACCUGGCUUUGGAAAACAUUCCAGGAACAGCCAGUUUUGUGGUUAGCUCAUGAACCUAGCGUAAAAGGUUAUUCUGGACAGUACCUUGCCGUUCUUUGCGCAAGCCACUAUGCAAAAUGCAGGUAUGUGCAAGUGAGCUGUAUUAUUAUUAUUUUGUACAGAUCUGCAAGGCUGGUUUAAGCACAAUUUCAGAUAACCUUGGAAAGAAGAAAACAAACCAAACAGAUCACUUUUUGUAUGUGUGUAUUUGCCUUUCCCAAUUGAAUCCCCAUACCAUAGCAUUGCAUAGAAUCAUUGUAACUGACUCCUCAAACCCACCCCCAUUUUCACCCCUCAGUUAGAUGCUGCAAUGGCCCUAGGCCACCAAUCCAAAAUAACAUAUUAAUCUCCCAGUGAGAGUAGCAGGAAAAAUAAUAAUAACUGUGAGCAUUUUCUUCUUUUUUUUCUCUCAGGAGUGUUAGUGUACACUUUGUUAAUAAAGAUUAUUUUGACACCUA